ACACAACACACCAGGGUCCACAUCAGGGCGGCACGACGAUUUCAGUUCUUCGCGGGCUUCACGACGGCUCGCACACGCGUUUUAUCCCCCCAAAAACGAUCGAUUCCAGGAAACGCGCACGUUUCCCAGCAUCCUUUUCCACUCCAAAAAGUCGUUCUCAUCAACCCUCCUCCUAAUAGUGAUUGCAGUGCGUUUUGUGUCGUCGAACCCGUUACGCGAACGUUUAUUCCUCCUGAAUAGAUACAUCACUUUUUUAUUAUUAUUUAACAAAAAAAAAAAAAAAUUUAGAAAGAGGGAAAAGUAUCUUCAUUUUUUUGAAUUCUCCUUUUUUUAGUGUUUGUGCGCAAGGAUUUUUAUUCACAACAACAAAAAUUACAGUUUGAUACCAGUAUAUAUAUACAACGACGGCAGGAAAAUUAUCCAAGAUUCGCUGUUAUGUCUCGACAACAGCUUCCUGGUUGAAGGACAUCGACUUAAGCUCGGAGUCGACUUGGACGAAGAGAUAGCGAAUUGUGUGCGCCAUAGGGUAAUAGAAGCGGGCAUCAUAGCGAUAGAAACAUGACAGAAACCUCGAGGGAUCCAGAAUUGGCAGAUUCGGAUAAUACCGAUGCUGCCAAAACAUCCCUUAACGUAACGUGUCCAUCGACCUCCAAAACUAAGCAGCUUCCAGAGAGGGACACAUGGAGUACCAAACUCGAUUUUAUCCUCAGUGUGGUGGGUCUUGCCAUUGGUCUGGGAAAUGUGUGGCGGUUUCCAUAUUUGUGCUACAAAAAUGGAGGAGGCGCUUUUCUCAUUCCCUAUUUCCUCACACUUAUUCUCGCUGGAAUUCCAAUGUUUUUCAUGGAAUUGGCAUUAGGACAAAUGUUAACAAUCGGCGGUCUUGGUGUAUUCAAAAUAGCGCCAUUGUUUAAAGGCAUUGGAUACGCGGCAGCUGUCAUGUCCUGUUGGAUGAAUGUCUAUUACAUCGUUAUCCUCGCUUGGGCGAUAUUUUACUUCUUCAUGUCCAUGCGCAGUGAAUUACCCUGGGGCACCUGCAACAACUGGUGGAAUACAAAAUAUUGUAUUAAUCCAUAUUUGAGGAAAAGUUUACCAUGCUGGAAUAUGACUGCCAGGAACGGUACUUUCUACAAAAUGUGCACACUUAAUCAAGUCAACGUCACUUGGCCGGAACUUGCGGAUCCAGUCAAAGAAUUUUGGGAACGAAGGGCACUUCAAAUUUCGGAUGGCGUCGAGCAUAUUGGUAAUGUGAGAUGGGAAUUGGCUGUAACUCUUUUUUUGGUUUGGGUUAUGUGCUACUUUUGCAUCUGGAAAGGAGUCAAGUGGACUGGGAAGGUCGUUUAUUUCACAGCCCUCUUCCCUUAUGUACUUCUCACGGUUUUACUGAUCCGUGGUGUUACACUUCCGGGUGCCGCUGAUGGCAUCAAAUUCUACGUCAUGCCCAAUUUAUCCAAACUCAAGGAAUCUGGGGUGUGGAUAGAUGCUGUAACCCAGAUUUUCUUUUCCUAUGGUCUUGGACUGGGGACUCUGGUGGCCUUGGGUAGUUAUAACAAGUUCAACAACAAUGUAUACAAAGACGCUCUUAUCGUGUGUGCAGUGAACUCGUCAACGAGCAUGUUCGCUGGCUUUGUUAUUUUCUCUGUUGUUGGUUUUAUGGCACAUGAACAAGGAAGACCAGUGGCCGAGGUGGCAGCAUCCGGUCCAGGAUUGGCCUUUCUCGCCUAUCCUUCCGCAGUGCUUCAACUUCCAUGGGCGCCACUAUGGUCGUGUUUAUUUUUCUUUAUGCUCCUACUGAUAGGGCUCGACUCACAAUUUUGUACCAUGGAGGGAUUUAUCACUGCUAUGGUUGAUGAAUGGCCCAAGCUCCUUCGACCACGGAAAGAAAUAUUUAUAGCAUUGGUCUGCGUUAUGUCGUAUGUGGUCGGUCUCUCCUGCAUCUCACAAGGCGGGAUGUACGUCUUCCAAAUAUUGGACUCCUAUGCAGUGUCUGGCUUUUGUUUAUUGUUCCUCAUCUUCUUCGAGUGCAUUGCCAUUAGUUGGGCAUUUGGCGUGAAUCGAUUCUACGACGGCUUACGUGACAUGAUUGGAUACUAUCCUCUUAUUUGGUGGAAAUUCUGUUGGACAGUGACCACACCGCUUAUUUGCAUUGGUGUGUUCAUCUUUAAUUUGGUCGAAUGGAAACCAAUAAAAUAUCUUGAUUACGAGUAUCCAUGGUGGUCGCAUUGUUUCGGUUGGUUCACAGCAUUGUCCUCGAUGCUUUGCAUACCAGGUUACAUGUUAUAUUCAUGGCUAACUACCCCUGGAGAUACACGAACAAAAUUAAGGCUGCUCGUUCGAAUAGAAGAUGAUGUAGCAACAUUAAGGACGAGAAUGGGUCAGGCUCCUGUGGAAUUGACUCCCUUAUAAACGCUUAAAAAGCAUAUCAGAUGAAAUGAAGAAUAAAAAAAAAAGAAAAUUAUUUAUCAGGUCAUUAAGGUCGUGACUUAAUGGUCAGGUGUGUCACCAUUAAAAAGUUCCAUUAUAAUAAGGUGACUGCGAACCGCCGGCCGGAAUUUCGCACGGAAAACGAUAAUAUAUAACGAUUAUAACGAUAUAUAUUUGCUGCCUGUUGCAUUACAUUAAGGUCGACAUUAAGGUCGACAUUUUAAUCGAACGCCACGUGAACACAAAAGAGAAAACAAAAGUUCAUUUGUUCAGAAAAAAUAAACGUACACUGUUUUAAAAAAACAAAAAACAUUUUUUUCCAAAUGUUUUUUCUGAAAACACAAAAAUAUUUAACACGAAAAUCGUGUUUUUCACAAAUAAAAAAGAAAUCUUCAAUUGUCACAAAAUGAAAAUACACAAAAAUACAAAAAGACAGAAGAAAACAUAUUAAAUAGUGAAACACCAAAUGAAAAUUUGAAACAAAAAAUCUUUUAUUCUACUUUUGUAGAAUUUGUAUAAGCUUUUUACAGUGUACGUGUAAUGGAUAUAUUUCAAAUUUUUUAUUAAUUUGCUUCUAAAAGUCUUCCAAUGGUAGAAUUUACUGAUACUAUAUAUAUAUAUACAUACUGUUGUCGUUUAAAAAGAAUUUCCUACCUAUGAAAAUUCGUAGAUUUUCGAGGGAAAAGAAUAGAAAAGAAAAAUGAAUAGAGUAAAAUUGCUAGCUCGUGUUUUCAAAUGGCAAAGAAAAAACAAGUUUCACGAAACAUUUUAUAGAAAAAUAUCUAUAUACAAACAUAUACAAAUUUUUGACUUAUUCUUUUUUAUCAAAAAAAAAAAAAAAAAAGGAAAAUCUGUUAAAAAAUUGAUAUCAAAUUAUUGAGAUAUAGUAUAUUUGAUGCGAAUUCAAAUCAGUAUUAUACGUAUAAAAAACAUCAGUAUUACGUAUUAUUAUUAUUAUAAUUAUUAAAAAAAAGAAGAAAACAUAGAUGAACUUUAUAAAAAAAAAUAAUAUUAAUACAAAUAUAUGAAACGUAAUCUUUCUUGUUCGAUAAAAAUUCGAGUCGACCAUAUCGAAUAUUGACCACUUUUACGUAUACAAAAUGUGGAAAAGAAAAAAAAGCAACUUUUAAUGAAUAUAACAUAUGAUAUUUUAAAAAUGAUAGUGCUGCAAAUUAUCUGAGGAUAAUUUUUUUUCUAUAGUAGCGAAAAAAACAAAGACACGCAAGCAAAUAAGGAAAAAGACUUUUUGAUAUGUUCACAAAUCGAUGUUCGAGCAACGAUGGUAAUUUUAAAAAAAAAAAGAAAUCUUCACUUUUGUGUAAAUGAUAUAUAUUGACAAUAAUUUUACGUAAUCUUAAGAUAUUUCCGAUCCCCACACCGACAAACAAAAUUGUCAAGUUUGAUUUUAAAUUUGAUAAAUUAUUAUUUUUGGACGGAUUCUCUCUUAUCACUGUUUUACAAAAAGAGUAAAAUUUAUUUCUUUUUUUUAAUUUCUAUUCUUUUCUACUUUAUUAAUUUUUCUAUUUUAU